AUGACCAUCCUCCUCGCUGCGUCUGCCGUUCUCCUCGCCGCCGCCCUCGCCCUUGCCCUCGCCCUCCUCACCCGUAUGUCCACCCCUCCCCGCGCGCCCCGCGCCGCAUACAUCCUCGAGAACACCGUCGCGCACGCACGCCUGCUGCCCACGCCCUCGAAGCACGCGUUCGCGUACCCGACGCUCGCGCUCCUCCUCUCGCUCGACGCGCUCGAGUCGCCCGCGCGGGACCUCGACCUCGCACGCGGCUGGCUGUUUGGGUACGGGGGCACCGCGUGGCGCGUCGCCGGCCUGCGGCCUGCGGCGUACCUCCUCCCCGACGGCGACUCGGGGACGAAGAGCGUGAAGGCGAAGCUGGGGGAGGUGCUGGGGCGGGACGGGCAGGACGCGGCGCGGCUGGGGAGGGUGUGGAUGCUGACGAUGCCGAGCUACCUGGGCUACGAGGGGAUCAACCCGCUCACAGUGCACUACUGUUAUGGACGACGGGAGGAGGGGGAGGAGGAAGAGCUGGCGUGGGUCGUGCUUGAGAUUCAUAACACUUUUGGGGAGAAGCAUGUGCACGUUCUGCGGACGGGGGAGCGCGAGGACGACGCGAGCGUGCGUCCGCCUGGCUACGACCAUCAGUGGACGUUCGCCCGCGACUUCCACGUCUCACCCUUCAACGACCGCCUUGGGCACUACACCGUCGCGAUCCGCAUACACCUCCACGCCCACGCGAGCUCCCAAGCUUCAUCUGAAGACGAGCCUAGUCCACCGCCUUCACACCCGGCUGCCGCGCUCGGCCCGCUGAAGCUGACCGCGACGCAGAUCGCACGGCGCGCGGUCCCGCUCACGCCCGCGCACCUGCUCGCCGCGCUCGCGGCCCACCCGUUCGCGCUCUUCCUCUCCUUCGCGCGCAUCCUCUACCACGCCUGGGUUCUCCACUACCGCAAGCACCUCGACGUCUUCCCCCGCCCGGACCCGCUGCCCGCCGUUCCUGGGUGGGGGUCGGCCGCCACCGAGACGUGUACAAGCACCACGACGACCCCGACCCCGACCCCGCACGGCGGUGUGGGCUGGCAGCCCGAGGGCGCGCUGGAGGCGUACGCGCGCGGCGUCACGUCGCGUUUCCUGGCACGCCGCAGCGCGGAGCUGGGGGUCCGCGUCGCGCUCGUCUCCGCCGACCCGUCCGUGCCCGCGCUCUCCUUCGCCCCCCGUUCACGGGCCAAACACGCCCCCUCCGAACGCGACGACCCCGCAGUCGACGCCGAGGACGGCUCGGUGGAGCUCGUCGUGCACUACGGCGCGCCCCGGUUCUUCACCACGCUGCUCGCGGCGCCGUCGGCGGAACACGCGCUGCGCAUAGGGCGACUCGAAGACCUCUUCCGCGUCGCGUCGGCCGGCGAAGGCGACGGCGAGGCGCUGUUCCUGCGGGUCUUCGCCGGCCCCCAAAAGCGCGGCCCGGAGGCCCUCUCCUCGACGCAGAGGCUCCGCACGGCGCUCCUCCCAGCCGCCUUCGUGCGCGGCGGGCCAUCGAGCACCCGCGCGGUGCCGUCGAGGCACGCGCUCGACGGUCGGGAGAACUCGGUGGUCGGGAACGCGCUCGCGGUGCUCUUGGUGCACGCGCUCGACGGGCUCGAGCGGCUCGUGUUCGCCGCCGUGCGGGCCAGGUUCGUCCCGGGGCUCGAGCCGUGGAACCGCUGGGCGAGGGCGGGCGCGGUCAUAGCCGCGAGCGAGUGA